CCUCUCCUUCAUUACGUUUCAUUCAGUUCUACACUGGGCUGUAGGAAGCUUAGAGGCGAGAAAGUUACUGGAGUCGCUGAAUGCCGAGUUUUGUCUCUUUGAAGCCCUCCUCCCCUCCCGGUUCCCUGACGUGUUCUGUGCUGACUUCUGGGGUUGCGAGGACCGAAGAGGCCAGAUCAUAAGGGUGGUGAGGAACCACGGAAGCCAGGCGCUCAGGAGUCCCGGGCUCACAGACUGCAAACUUGAUGUUUCCUGAGAAGACAGCUCCAUUCUUGGGUAACAAGGUGACUUCUGAAGUAUGAGUGCCCACAAUGACUCCUCCUGCAGGCCGAUGCUGACACCCCACUUAACCACACUCUACUUCAUGGUGCUCACUGGGGGGCUGGCGGGCGUCAUCUCCAUUUUGUUCCUGCUGGUGAAAAUGAACACCCGCUCUGUGACCACCAUGGCUGUUGUUAACCUGGUGGUGGUCCACAGUGUCUUCCUGCUGACCGUGCCUUUCCGCUUGAUCUACCUCAUCCAGCAGAGGUGGACAUUUGGGCUGCCCUUCUGUAAAUUCGUGAGUGCCAUGCUGCACAUCCACAUGUACCUCACGUUCCUGUUCUACGUGGUGAUCCUGAUCAUCAGGUACCUCAUGUUCUUCAAGCACAAGGACAAGGUGGAAUUCUAUAGAAAACUGCAUGCUGUGGCCGCCAGUGCUGGCCUGUGGCUGCUGGUGAUUGUCAUUGUGGUGCCCCUGAUUGUUUCUCAGUAUGGAAAUCUUAAGAUGUAUAACAAAGAACAGUGUUUUAAUUUCCACAAAGAGCUUGCUGAAACAUACGUGCAAAUCAUCAACUAUUUGAUCGUCAUUGCUGUCAUAGCCGUCACGGUGAUUCUGUUGGUAUUCCAGAUCUUCAUCAUCACGUCGAUGGUGCGGAAGCUGCGCCACUCCUUACUGUCCCACCAGGAGUUCUGGGCCCAGCUGAAAAACCUGUUUUUCAUAGGGGUCAUCAUGAUUUGCUUCCUUCCCUACCAGUUAUUUAGGAUCUAUUACUUGAACACUGUGGUACACUCAGAUGCCUGCAACAACCAUGUGGCAUUUUAUAAUGAAAUCUUCUUGAGUGUGACGGCGAUCAGCUGCUUUGAUUUGCUGCUCUUUGUUCUUGGGGGAAGCCAUUGGUUUAAGCAAAAGAUAAUUGACCUGUGGAAUUGCCUUUUGUGUCGUUAGCCACCAAACACAGUAUUCAGGUUUGCUUCCUUUAUAUUGGGAGUGAAAAUGGGUAGGGGGAGGUAGGAGGGCAUUUCUAUUACUCAGUUAAAACCUUGUCUUAAGGCAGUCAGACAAAAGGACUGUAAAAUGCCAGAGCAUCCAUUUCAUUCCAGUCCUUAUUUAGUCCCUGCUAUCUCUAACUGAUGCCCAUGCAAAGGCCAGUAGUGUUCCAUCCACCCGGAGUUGCAAUACUGCAUUAUUCUUCAACAUACUGUCUACUUGGCCUGUCCAGGCACCAGGGCUCUAAUGGUUUCUGAAUUUCGCUAGUUUAUUUUUGUUUCCUGAGUCAGAAACGUGGUGUUUCUUAAGCCUGGUAGCUGGUUCUUGACAUUCCACAUAAAACCUGAGGUCAACUAAUUCUGGCUAUGACUCAGCUUGAGAGCACAAACUUGACUGUGCUCACUAGAUAAGACGUUCAUUAUACUCACACGCUGACAGAAAAACAGAUAAGUGGGGAGGCCAGGAAGAAACUUCCCUAGAUUAUCAUAAUUCUGGUAGGAGGUCACUUAUCUGGAAAGCAAGAGAAAAAGAACUCCUGGCCUUCUACUCUCGCAAGGCUAUCUAGAGUUAUCCAUUGAAAGGUCAAGUUUAAGGGCUUGGAUCAACUCCCUCAGCGUUUCUAAAAACCAUUUAUAAAUGUACUAAAUAUAUCUAAGUGAUGGUGAAAGUGUAACUGAGAGAAUAUUCCUGACCAAUGUGCUAUUAGGCAUUAUUCCCAAGGGAAGUAAUUCAUUUUUUUUUCCUUUUCUGUUUUGAAGAAUUUCUAGAGGUCAUGGUACAAAGUUAAUUUACAUUUUCCUUGGAGACAGAAAGCUAUACUGUAAUCUUUAGAGUUCUCUUCAACCCUUAAAGUUGUAUAUGUUUAAAUAAAUGGAAACCAUAUUCUUUAAAAUAAAACUUUUGAGAAAUAUGUAGAAAAAUCAUGGGACUAUGAGAUUAGGAUGCUAAGUUACUACGUAAGCUUGUGGGUUUUCUCCCCUCCUGCUCGUGUUUCUACUAUUUCUCUCAAAGUUUCAUAAUCUUGAAAUUUCCUAAGGAAAUGAUUCAGUUUCAUAUUUAAUGCUUCAGAGAUCCUGAAGCAAUCCUUGGUAGGAAUAGAAGAAAUAAAUGAAUUAAAGUAACUUUUUUUAAAUAGAGACACACAUGUUCAUGAUUUAAAGAUUUUUCUUAAUUUGUUAUGCUAUAUGGACCCAGAAAUGCAACAGAUGAACAAGAAAUGCCCCUCCCCGUAAGUUUCUUUAAUCACUAAUUUUGAUCAGUAAUUUUUUAUUGAGUUAUGGAAAUUAAUUUUGAGGAAGAAAAGGCAGCAACACACUGCAUUUAACUUAUUCCAAAAUUAUCGCCUGUUUUAAAUUUUCUUUUAGUAUCCUUUUUUCUUUCAAGUUACACACACACAUAUAUAUGUAUAUAUGUGUAUGUAUGUAUGUAUUACAUAUAUAUUUGUACUUAUUUGCAUUCUUUUCCCAUUUUGCUUAGUUUUUUCUUUCUCAUUUGACCCAUAAUAUUUGUAAGAAAAUUUCUAAGAUCUAUAGAAAUUUUAAGAAAUUUUUUAACACUCAUAAAAUUUGUAAGAAGAUUGUUAUAAUGAAAUAUUUUAAAAUUAUUUUUAAACUUUUAAAAUUAUUUAUGAGAAACACAUAGACCAAUGGAUCAGAAUAGAGAGCCAUAAAUAAACCCAUGCCUAUAUGGUCAACUAAUAUAUGACAAAGGAGGCAGCACUAUAUGAUGGGGUAAAGACAGUCUAUUCAAUGAAUGAUGCUGGGAAAAUUGGGCAGAUGCAAAAAAUGAAAUAGACUGCCUUUUUAAUACCAUAUAUAAGAAUAAAACUGCAGAGUAAAGACUGAAAUGUAAGACCUGAAACCAUAAAACUUCUAGAAGAAAACACAGGCCAUAAACUCUCUGACAUUGUUUUUUCUCUUGUAUCUCCUUGGGGAAGGGAAACAAAAGAAAAAAAUAAACAAAUGGGACCACCUCAAACCAGAAAGUUUUUGCAUGGCAAAGAAAACCAUCAACAAAAUGAAAAUCAUCUACCAGACGGGGAAAUAUAUUUGCCAAUGAUACUUCUGGUAAGGGGUUAAUAUCCAAAAUUUAUAAAGAACUCAUAGAACUUAAUGAAAAAAUUAAAGUACAAAAUGGGCAGAAGACAUGAAUAAACAUUUCUUCAAAGAGGACACAUAGAUGGCCAACAGACAUAUAAAAAAGACGCUCAAUGUCAGUAAUUAUCAGAGAAAUUCAAACAAUGCCAUGUCACCUCACAUCUGUCAGAAUGGCCGUUGUCAAUAAAUCAGCAAACAACAAGUGCUGGUGAUGUUGUUGAGAAAAGGGAACCCUUGUGCACUGUUGUUGGGGACGCAGACUGAUGCGGCCACUGGGGAAAGCAGUGGAGGCUCCUCAAAAAAUUAAAAAAUAGAAAUUACCUUAUUACCCAGCAAUUCCACUUCUGAGGAUAUAUCCAAAGACAUACAAGACAUCCAAAACACUAAUUCAAAAAGAUACAUACCCUCUUAUGUGCGGUGAGGCAUUACUUACAAUAAAAUUUGGAAGCAACGCAAGUGUUCAUCAAUAGAUGAUUGCCUAAAGAAGAUGUGGUACAUGUAUACAGUGGACUAGGCUAUAAAAAGGAAGGAAAUGUUACCAUUUGCAACAACAUGGAUAAAACUGGAGGCUGUUAUGUUAAGUGAAAUAAGUCAGUCAGAAGAAGGCAAAUACCAUAUGAUUUCCCUUAUAUGUGGAAUAUAAAGAACAAAAUAAAAGAGAAUCAGACUCAUAGAUACAGCGAACAAAAUGAGGGUUGCCACAUGAGAUGGGGUUGUGGAUAUGGGUGAAAAAAGGUGGAGCAAUUAAGAAGUUACAGAACAGUCACGGGGAUGUAAAGUACAACACAGGGAAUACAGUCAGUAAUAUUGAGAUAACUAUGUGUGGUGCCAGGUGGGUACCAAAAAUACUGAAGGGAACACUUUGUAAAGUAUAUGACUGUUUAACCACUAUGCUGUACACCAGAAACAAGUACAAAAUUUUGAAAAAAAAGAAUUGUAUGGGAAUUACAUUAACUUUCUCUUUUUGCAUAUGUGUCUUGUCUCACUAUCAUAAUAUCUGUUAACUUAUAGAUUGUAUUAUAAUUUCUUCCACAUUUGAAAUAUGUUGACGUCAGACAAUUUUGCUUUUUUUCUGUAUUAUUAUGUAUUAUAAUGAAGGGCCUAUUUCUGUGGACCUAUAAGAAAUGUUACCCAAAAUAAAGAAAUGGCAUAUUCUAUCAUCUAUCUUA